GAACAAACACAAAAGCCUAAAGUUGCCACACAUUAGAUAACAAAAAGAGAGAGAGCAUGGCUUUGGAAACACUUUCUUCCAAUGAACUCCUCAACUUCAUAAUCUAUGACACCAUCUCUGCAACCCCUUUUAGCUGCAAUGACUCCUCUGAAACCACAACUACUAACACUAAUCCUUGUAGUAGUUUCUUCUACCAUCUUGAAAACGAAAACCCUAACCCUCCUCUAAAUCAAUUGUGUCAAGAACUCACAGGUGCUGCUGCUGCGAUGGAAAUUAUGAGUUCCACUUCAUCUCUAACUACAACCACCACAAAGAUGUCUAUGGCGGUGCAAGCGUACUGCGGUGGCAAAGUCCCAGAGAAGAACUGCAGUAAUAAUAACAACAGCAACAAUCCGAAUUUAGGGAUACAAGGAGGAGGGAAGAAGAAGAGGAGAAGAAGGCCUAGGGUUAGCAAGAAUAAAGAAGAAGCUGAAACUCAAAGAAUGACUCACAUUGCCGUCGAGAGGAAUCGCCGGAAACAAAUGAAUGAGCAUCUCGCCGUCUUGCGUUCUCUCAUGCCGGAAUCUUACGUCCAAAGGAUUAAUGAAUCAAAGAACAUUUCGGAUAUAUGGGGAUUUGGAUUUCAAUUAUUUCCUGUUUAAUUUCCAUAAAAUAGUAGACUCAAAUUCAAUUAUUUCAAUUCACAUUCUUUUUUUCUUCUUUUUUUAUCUUCAAAAGAUCUUGAAAAGUUCUUGCUUUAUUCCUUUAUUUUCAAUCUACUUUUUGUCGCAGUAAAAAUUCCAAAAUAUUUUGCAAGAGAUUGCAAUGCAGAUUCAUAUAUAUAUGUUCUUUUUAAACCAUUUUAAAAAGUAUCGAAAGUACUAAAGCAUAUGCUUAAUGUAGAUCGUGCUCAAGUUAAAUUACUAAAAUUUGAAUCUUGACAAUUUUUAAACUCUAGAAAGAAUUCAUUUUUUUUAACGGUGAAUCUUGAACAAGACAACUAUCGAUUUGAAAGACUUGGUUUAUACCGAUUACGCCAAAGGUCAAAACGGUCAGAAAUCUUGGCAUAUCUCUCAAUCUCUCUCCUGGGCGACCAAGCUUCCAUAGUUGGUGGUGCCAUAGAGUUUGUGAAGGAGCUUGAACAUCUCUUACAGUCUCUUGAAGCUCAAAAGUUCAUCUUAACUCAACAACAACAACAACAACAAGACGAGGGAGGACAUAAUAAUAAUUUCAACGAAUCAUCAACUCCCCCUCCAUUUUCACAAUUCUUUUCUUACCCACAAUACACUUGCUCUCAAAUUCCUAACAAGUACACUUCAAAAAGCAAGGCAGCAAUUGCAGACAUCGAGGUCACUUUGAUCGAAACGCAUGCUAAUAUCCGGAUCCUAUCGCAUAAACGGCUCACUCAGCUCUCGAAAAUGGUGGCUUGUUUUCAAACACUUCAUCUGUCCGUACUACACCUCAAUGUCACCACCUUGGACCCUUUGGUUCUCUACUCCAUCAGUGUUAAGGUGGAAGAAGGAUGCAGGCUAAAUUCAGCAGACGAGAUAGCAGGUGCAGUCCACCAGAUGCUCAGAAUAAUUGAGGAGGAAGCUACCCUAUCCCUAUGUGUUGAUUCCAUAAACUAGAAAUAGCGUCAUGUGUUUUUACCAAUUUACCCUUUCUUGCUAUGUAAAAUCACCAUAAUGCUCUCUCUCUCUCUCUC